CUCCACUUUGAGCUGUGUCUGUCAGAUCCGACUCUCAUCUGCUCACCGCAUGAACUGAGGCUCAGCUUAGUCUUUCGCCUGCUCACGAUUUAUUGCACCAUGCUGACCCAUCUGUUCCGUAUGCAUGGGCUUCUGGUGGCCUCCCACCCAUGGGAGGUGAUUGUUAGCACUGUCACCCUCACCAUCUGUAUGAUGUCCAUGAACAUGUUCACUGGUAAUGACCAGAUCUGUGGCUGGAACUUUGACUGCCCCAAAACAGAAGAGGUGAGUCAACAACAGAUUCUGAGCAGUGAUAUCAUCAUCCUGACAAUAACCCGUUGCAUCGCCAUCAUCUAUAUUUACUUCCAGUUCCAGAACUUGAGACAGCUGGGAUCCAAAUAUAUUUUAGGCAUUGCUGGUCUUUUCACCAUAUUCUCCAGCUUCGUGUUCAGCACAGUGGUCAUUCACUUCCUUGAUAAAGAGCUCACAGGCCUCAAUGAGGCUUUGCCCUUCUUCCUACUUCUUAUUGACCUGUCUAAAGCAUGCGCUCUUGCCAAGUUUGCCUUAAGCUCCAGUUCUCAGGAUGAAGUGAGGGACAACAUUGCUCGUGGUAUGGCAGUACUGGGACCUACUUUCACAUUGGAUGCCCUGGUUGAGUGCUUAGUGAUUGGAGUGGGAACCAUGUCAGGUGUGCGGCAGUUGGAAAUCAUGUGCUGCUUUGGCUGUAUGUCUGUUUUAGCCAACUACUUUGUGUUCAUGACUUUCUUUCCUGCAUGUGUCUCACUGGUGCUGGAGUUGUCGCGUGACAGUCAGGAGGGCCAUCCUAUCUGGCAGCUUAGCCACUUCUCUAGAGUGAUGGAGGAGGAGGAAGACAACAAACCCAACCCUGUAACUCAGAGAGUCAAAAUUAUCAUGUCUCUGGGCCUGGUGAUGGUUCAUGCCCACAGCCGCUGGAUUGCAGAACCCUUGUCCACCCACACCAUAGUGGAAGUCCCACAGGUUGGCAUGGAGCUGGACCAAUUCUCGCCUAGGAGUAUGGAGCCAGAGAAACCACUUUGGUAUUUCUACCUCACUAGGAUGAUAACCAUGGACAUAGAGCAAGUGAUCUGUCUGGCUUUGGCCUUGCUGUUGGCUAUCAAGUACAUCUUCUUCGAGCAGGUUGAGAUGGAGUCGACCCUGUCACUGAAGAACCCCAUCACUAUGUCCGCCCCCACCCUGACCCUGCGGCAGCUUACUGAAACCUGCUGCAGGAAGGAGACGCUAGCUCUCCGAUCCCUCAACCCCUCCCCCAUCAUGACUGUCCUGGCAACUGGCAGCAAGGCAGAGAUAGAUGAGGUUAUCAGGCCUGUGUCUGCGCUAGCCGCUGAUCCCCUGCCAAAUAAUAUUUUUGUUGUGGGGGACGAAGAAGAGCUCAAGUCUGAAGCUGUUCAGAUGAGCCCCCCCCCACAGCCGAGGGGCAUUGACCAAUGUGUGGCCAUCCUCAACAACCCCAAGCUUGGGCCUAGUUUCCUUAGUGAUGCUGAGGUGAUGCUGCUGGUCAACUCUAAACAUAUCCCUGCAUAUAAACUGGAGGCCACGAUGGAGAGUCCAGAGAGAGGAGUGGCCAUACGAAGACAGAUAAUAUCUGCAAAGCUUCCCUCUCCUUCUGCCCUUUCCUCCCUGCCAUACACCCACUAUGACUACUCUAAGGUUAUGGGCACCUGCUGUGAGAAUGUGAUUGGCUAUGUACCCGUACCCGUGGGCGUGGCGGGACCACUGCAUCUGGAUGGGAAGCAGUUCCAGGUUCCCAUGGCAACCACAGAGGGCUGCUUGGUUGCCAGCACCAACCGCGGUUGUCGAGCAAUUGCUCUUGGAGGUGGAGCCAGCAGUUGUAUCCUGGCUGACAGCAUGACUCGAGGACCAGUAGUGAGGAUGCCCUCUGCUUGUCAGGCUGCUGAGGUAAAGGCCUGGAUGGAGAGCAUUGACGGUUUUCAGGCCAUCAAAGAAGCUUUUGACAACACUAGCAGGUUUGCUCGACUCCAGAAGUUGCUGGUUGGCGUGGCUGGGAGAAAUCUAUACAUUCGCUUACAUUCAAAGACUGGAGAUGCUAUGGGGAUGAAUAUGAUAUCUAAGGGUACAGAACAGGCUCUGGCCAGACUGCAACAGCACUUCCCAGAGGUGCAGGUGGUGGCUGUCAGUGGGAACUACUGCACUGAUAAGAAACCAGCUGCCAUCAACUGGAUUGAAGGCAGAGGCAAGUCUGCUGUCUGUGAUGCCACCAUCCCUGCUAAAGUGGUUAGAGAGGUUUUAAAAACGACAACGGAAACUAUGGUGGAGGUGAAUAUCAGUAAGAACCUAGUGGGCUCCGCUAUGGCAGGGAGCAUUGGCGGAUAUAAUGCUCACGCAGCCAACCUUGUGGCUGCUAUCUUCAUCGCCUGUGGACAGGAUCCUGCCCAAACAGUGACCAGCAGUAACUGCAUCACCCUGAUGGAGGCAACAGGACCAACUCGGGAAGACUUGUACAUCAGCUGCACCAUGCCCUCUAUAGAGCUUGGCACUGUAGGAGGGGGCACCAACCUGGCACCACAGCAAGCCUGCCUCCAGAUGUUGGGCGUGCAGGGAGCCAGUCAGGACUGUCCAGGAGAGAAUGCCCGGCAGCUGGCCAGGAUUGUAUGUGCAACCGUGUUGGCCGGAGAGCUCUCACUGAUGGCUGCUCUGGCUGCUGGACAUCUGGUCAAGAGUCACAUGACACACAAUAGAUCUAAGAUGAAUCUACAGGAGCCUCCAGGAACAUGCAGCAAGAACGCCUCUUGAAAGCUUGAGAGCAGCUUAGGUUCCCUCAGUGAGCCCAGGUCACUGGACGAAGUAGAAAAUCCAGGAAAGUAUGGACAAUCGGAAAGGGACCAAUCAUUCAUCAAACAGAUACAGGUGUCUUUAAAGUGAUAUACAUUAGAAAAGUAUUGUGUCUUAUGCAGCUGGCUAGAAGAAGUACAUUAUUGGCUUCUUUUAUCACCACAGUUAAAAGAUAAUGUCAUGUUUUGUUAGGAAAUAGAUGGUCAGGGUUCAUAUUAAAAAUGUAUGCUCUCCUGCCACCAAAUUGAUCACUGUGAACACAAACAAUGCCACACAGACUUAAGAAACAAGUAAAAAGGUUCUGAUUGUUAAAAGUGUGUCACUGGUCAUGUAAACCUCAGUGGCAAUGCUGGUCACCACAGAAUUUGUAUCAUUUGAUUUCUUUAAUAUUGUGUUUUAUGAAGCUAACACUUACAGAGUGGUGAAGCAGCCCAAGCCCAAGAAGAUUAAAAGUCUGGUUCAACCACAAGACAGCAUAAAUAUAUACUGUAUGUAAAUUAGGGCUGGGCAAUUAAUCCAAAAUGUACUAAAACCGACAUUUAUAACCUCUAACCAAUUUAAUCUUGCCUGUGCUGUAUAACCCGCCCGCAUGUCCUCCCUCCUCACUCCCCUGCUGACCUGCGCUCACUUUAAGUUAACAAUGAACAACACUAAAUAUGUGUCAGAGCCUUUCUUUGUGUUUAUUAUGAUAUAUAUUCUCACAUGACUGGUAAUUAAUUGGGGAUGAUUUAGAUUUCUAAAUUCAUGUCAAAUUAAUUAUUUUUUGAAUGUAUUGUUAUUUGUUUAUUGUGAUUAAUCAGAUGAUGAUCAGCUGUGAUAGAAGGAAGGACGGAGGGGACUGAGGUUCUCAGCAUAGCUGGAGGAAAUGUUUGUAGAAUGGGGCAUCAGUACAAUCUUUGACCUCAUGCUGGAAUUAGACAUGUUUGUUCAUUUUUCUUUAAACUUAAAUAAAUGUACCAAAAGACAACAGAA